ACCGAGGCUAGCUGACAGACGCGCGAUGCUCGCGAUGCUGGCGACGCUGGCGAGGGUGGCAGCUCUGCGGAGAACCGGCUUCCUCUCUGGCCAGGGUGGCGGGAGGGGGCUGUGGACAAGCCACCCGCAGUCAGGUAUGGACAAUGUAAAGCCAUUGGAGGGUGUAAAAAUUCUGGAUCUAACAAGAGUCCUGGCAGGACCUUUUGCUACUAUGAAUUUAGGAGAUCUUGGAGCAGAAGUCAUAAAAGUGGAGAGACCAGGAACUGGUGAUGAUACACGUACUUGGGGGCCACCUUUUGUGGGGACAGAAAGUACAUAUUUUCUCAGUGUUAACCGAAAUAAAAAAAGUAUAGCUGUUAAUAUCAAGAAUCCAAAAGGGGUGAAAAUCAUCAAAGAGCUUGCAGCUGUUUGUGAUGUAUUUGUGGAAAACUACGUCCCUGGCAAACUGUCUGCUAUGGGCCUGGGAUACGAAGAUAUAGACAAGAUCGCUCCUCACAUCGUCUAUUGUUCCAUCACAGGGUAUGGUCAGACAGGUCCGAUGUCGCAGCGAGCUGGUUAUGAUGCUGUUGCCUCUGCGGUUUCUGGUCUGAUGCACAUCACAGGACCUGAGGAUGGAGAUCCAGUUCGCCCAGGAGUGGCUAUGACUGAUCUUGCCACUGGCCUGUACUCAUAUGGAGCCAUUAUGGCUGGAUUGAUACAAAGAUAUAAAACUGGAAAAGGACUGUUCAUUGAUUGUAACCUACUGUCAUCUCAGGUGGCAUGUUUGACCCAGGUAGCUGCUAAUUAUCUUAUUGGCCACAAGGAGGCGAAACGUUGGGGCACAGCUCAUGGCAGUAUUGUUCCUUAUCAGGCUUUUAAAACCAAGGACAGCUAUCUUGUAGUUGGAGCAGGAAAUAACGAACAGUUCGCUACUGUGUGCAAGAUCUUGAAUUUGCCUGAGUUGAUUGAUGACUCCAAGUACAAAACUAACCACCUUCGGGUACAGAAUAGAAAAGAGCUCAUUAAAAUACUAUCUGCACGGUUUGAAGAAGAACUGACCAGCAAGUGGUUAUAUCUCUUUGAAGGCAGUGGGGUACCAUAUGGCCCAAUCAACAACAUGAAGAAUGUAUUUGCAGAACCCCAGGUAUCCUCCCUUGUUUUCCCUCUGAUGAGCUGUAGAGUUUCUUGGCCCCGGGUACAUGGAACCGGCCACUUCUGUUCAGAUGUGGGAACGCACCCCUGGCGCCUGUGGCCCGCUCUCCAUGUGCGCUGCGCCAGCACAGCUGCUAGUUCAACUGAAAAUUGCUUUGGGUGA